GUGCGGACGACUACGUGGAAGUAUUAAGGAGUGAGUCGACAGGUGUUCCCGCCUCCAAGCCGACUGUUCACUCAGACGCUCAUUAGUUCUGCGCCAGUAGCGUCAGCGGAUAACCGCGCACAAAUUACACUUAUGGCUGAUCAACUAACAGAAGAGCAGAUUGCCGAGUUCAAAGAGGCCUUCUCACUGUUCGAUAAGGACGGGGAUGGCACCAUCACCACAAAGGAGCUGGGCACCGUCAUGAGGUCGUUGGGUCAGAAUCCAACAGAGGCGGAACUCCAGGAUAUGAUCAACGAGGUGGAUGCCGAUGGAAACGGGACCAUUGAUUUCCCUGAGUUUUUGACAAUGAUGGCAAGGAAGAUGAAGGACACAGACAGCGAGGAGGAGAUCAGGGAAGCUUUCAGGGUCUUUGACAAGGACGGUAACGGCUUCAUCAGCGCCGCCGAGCUACGCCACGUCAUGACGAAUCUUGGCGAGAAGCUGACGGACGAGGAAGUAGACGAGAUGAUCAGAGAAGCGGACGUGGACGGAGACGGACACGUCAACUACGAAGAGUUUGUUAGGAUGAUGACCGCGAAAUGAUGCUGAUGCACAGAGACAAAGAAGCAGUCAAAUGUUUUACUUACCUCUUCUUCCAAAAAUCUGCUUUUGCUCAUACAAUUUUCGUAAAGACAACUUUUAAAUUAAUGGGUCCAAUCUGUCCACUUUUGAACUAACUCUAAAAAUUAACCAAUCAUAUGUUCAGGGUCUAACACCCUCCCCACCAGUGGUGAGCUGCCUAAACAGAAGUCAACUCAUUAGAUAGGUGGCCCCUCUGCUCAGUUGUGUCUGACAGUGGCUUGCAAGACAGGGGCAUGUCUGGUCAUAAGUCGCAACAAAGCGCUAACAAUGCUACUUAAAUACAUCACAAAAAAAACGUGAACAUAAAAGGUUGCUGCAGAAACGUAUUCCUUAACAUCAAGCAGAUUAAUUUGCCAAAGAGCUCUUGCUAGACGCCUCAUUGACUGGGAAUAGGAUUAGCUUUAGACCAUGUACCGGUGAUACCCCCAUCUUGCAAGCUCCUUUUUCUCCCUCUGCUGUCUUAUCAUCUCUUUGCCUUUCUGUAGACUUGCUGUUUACUUUUUCGCAUACAGCGUUUCACAAGCUACUGUUGACAAUGGGAAACGCCAGUGGCAAAAGGAGGAGCACAUGCGCGAGUCAUACUGGAGAAAGAUAUUUCAAUAAGACCCUUUCUGGUAUGUUGGGAUGCCUGUUUACCUUUUGGGAGCGGGGGGCAUAGUUGUGUCCUCACGUCAUGAGGCUUUUUCCAGGUGUGUGAUUAGUGGGUGUCGCCGGAUCGCCAAAGCAUGCUGGGGACUUUCUAUUGGCUAUAAUUUCUUGCAUGUAUCAGUGCGUAGGGGGUGUUUGUUUCACUUUAACGGGGACCAGGUUGCUACUGUGCAGCAUUUCUAACGGGAGCUUUGUAUGUAUGCGCGUGCGUGCUUGUGUGUUACACUGAACUGUUCUGUUAAGUUCAGGUGAUCUGCAUUCCAAGUUGUACAUGCUAGUCUUCACAAUGUUUUUUUUUUUCAAUAAAAGUCCAUGAACUAAAUGAUUA